UAACUUUGGUUAAUUUAAAAAAAUAAAAAUAAAUAAAACACAAAAAGAAAGCUUCUUAUUUCUACGGAGAUAUGACAUUCAUCGGUUCAAUUACCGGCGGUUCCCUCUCGCCGGCGAUAAUAUUCAACAACCACAAACCACCACUCCGGCACCGCCACCAGCGCCCACCAACGCCCCCAAUAUUCAUAUCCACAAACUUGUCAGAUAUAAACCCUAACAAUUUACGAGAUCUGUGUACUACCUGCAACCAUUCGUUCCACCGGUUCCCUAAUAUCUCACCGGACGGAAAAGUGGAGCCUGUGGACGUUGAUAAACUCCGAACCGCUGUUUCUCACAGCUCCGUCGUUGUUUCCGUUUACGCCAGAUCGGAACUUGUUACCGGCGGCGGCGAUUGGUACCGGCGAAUGAUUCCGUUGACGCCGGUGACCGGAGAGUUGGUUGGAUUUGGUAGAGCUGUGGGUGAUGAUGCAUUAACUGCUUCAAUUUAUGAUGUUAUGGUAACACCGCGGUUACAAGGUCGAGGAAUCGGGAGGAUGAUUCUUCAAAGGAUCAUAAGAUUGCUUACAAAUAAAGGUAUAUAUGAUAUUGCAGCUCUGUGUUCUGAUCAAGAUAUGAAAUUCUUUAAGGCAUGCGGAUUUGGAGAUGAUAUGCUUGGAUCUACAACAAUGAUGUAUACCAGGAAGAGUGGUAGUGAUUUGGAUUUAAGUGCUGGUAGGAAGUUACUUAUGGUUCCACCACUUAGGAAACCUUAACAAUUUUGAUUGUUGGUUUAUAAAUAUUUAUUAUUUUAUUUGUUAGGAAUCAAUAUGAUUUUUUCAUCUUUAUACAUGACAUAAGCGUGCGAAUAUUUUUUGGAGUCGUAUAUAAGGUAUGUUGUAUUUCA